GCCCCCAUUUUAGUGCUUGAUCAGGUAGUCUACGUGCUACUCAUUACAUAUUAUCGCUUAUCGAGUAAUACUGGAGAUGUUCAGAAUAAUGGUAAUAUCAAAGGGUAAUAUCGUUCAAAAUGUGAUUCCAAUCUAAGUAAUGAUUGGAAAAAAUUCCAUCAUAAAAUGGCGGCAUAUAAUUGAUCACGCGAUUGUAUCGUAGCCGCCAUCUUGGCAAAAUUUGCAUGAGAAUGUUAAAAACAUUUUUAACGCCAGCUACACUUAUUAAAUAAUAUAACACAAUUAUAUAUAAUAGCUUUGGAACGUAUCUCGUCAAUCCCAUAUUUAUGUAUAUAUUUACAUUUAAUUUUAUGUACGGGUGUUGGUUCCUAUCUAUAUUUAUAAUUUUUCAUUUCUCUUAUUGUGACUCGUAACAUUUACUAUUUAGGUGUAUUAUCUGUUGAUGUUCGUAUUACAAAAACCACAAGUAUUUAACUUAUUGUGCGUUAACUGCGCAAUAUGCGCAGUCCUUAUCGUCGUAUACUUUCAUAUUCAAUGCCUUUGUGUGAGUGUAACACCGCGUGACCUCAAUGAAAGAAAGGACAAAUAAUAUAGAUCUUGCUGUUCUAGAAGGCUGACGUCAUGUCAUACCGCGGCGAAACCGCAACCCAGCAAGACAUUGUGAAAUGUGAACGGCCACCCACUGCUUACUUUGCUCGAUUCAUCAAAUUAUUAAAUUUGAAAGUAGUGGAUCUAUGAACAGUUACUGUACCGACUUCGACUGUCUAUGUUGAUUUGGUCUAUCAUCGCAAACAAGCAUUAUUGUGAUUUUUGGAGAAUAUUUCCAAUGCUUAUACUUUCUACGAAUAUUAGUGAAAACUUCAUAAUGGCACAAUCUACAACUAACUACGACGACCUUGAAGAUGGAGAGAUUGAAAGUGGAGAUGAGGAAAGUACUGAAACUCAAAAUGUUGAUAUUAUCAAUGAAAAUUCAUCUAAGCUUGAAGAAAAAUCUAAAGAAAGCCUUGAAACUCAGGAUCAAUAUUAUUCAAAAUCAGGUAAGAAAAAGAGAUCAAAAUCCAACAAAGAUCAUAAGUCUAAGGAUAAAAGCAAAAAGAAUCGCAGGUAUAGUAGUCCUGUAGAGGAUGACUUUGCUAGUAAUAUUGAGAAAGCAAUUAGAAAGGCUAUGAAUAAAAAUGAAGCCGAAGACGAUCAAUCUAGGUUAGACGAGGAUCGUCGUCGAUACAAAAAAAGGAAGAAACAUGAUACAAAAGAAGGUUCUAGUAAAAAACGUAAGAAACAAGAGUAUUCCGAUGAAAUGGACGAGAGUGAAAUGAUGUGUGUGAGAGGUGCAUCCCCCGUACAGAAACAGUCUCCGGUUGAAGCAUAUGAAGAAGAUGACAGAGAUUCUUAUGCUUCAGACAGCAGUCAUGAAUCGCGCGGUCAUCAACAUCGUCAACAAAGGCAAAAACACCAACAAAGAGAUCGAUUUAAAAAUGAUAGAGGUAAAAAUGAAAAAAGAAGGGCGGCACAUUCGAUGCAGGAUACAGACGGAGUUUGUUUGUAUUAUAUGCAGGGAAAAUGCCAUAAAGGAGAUGAUUGCAUUUAUUCGCACGAUGUUCAUCCUCCACGGAAAAUGGAACUUUGCAAAUUUUAUUUAAUGGAUUGUUGUGCUAAAAGAGAUAAAUGUCUUUAUAUGCACGCGGAUUUUCCUUGUAAAUAUUAUCACACUGGUCUUCCUUGUAUUUACAAAGAUGAUUGUAAAUUUGCCCAUGGUAAACCACUGACUGAAAGCUUAAAAAAUAUUCUUUUAAAACACAUAGAAUCGGCGCCCAAAGAGAUUUUAGGUGAUUUUCCCAGACUAAAUCGAGAAGGAGCUCUGAAAAUGUUACAAGCUACGCAAGCAAAACUGAAACAGGAAUAUCCUGACUUUAUGGAAAGUCAAGAAAAAACUAUUCCUUCGUUGUUUGAAUUAAGUAUUCCGAACCCUCAAGGUUCUGAUUUUUCUGUAAACCAAUCCAAUAAUGAUAAGCAAAAUAAAAUAUCGCCUAAAGUACGACAGUCAAGGUGGCAAAAUGAUAAUUCUAAACAGAAUUAUAAUGACAGCAUGUCUCCAAGUAAUACUAUCAACAAUACAAAUGUCUUAAGUUUGAAAAACCUCAAUGGUGUAUUAACGCCGCGACAAAUAUCUGACCUAAUCAAAAUGGGUAUUGAAAAUUUAGAUCAACUUGGACAAUUAACUGUUUUGCAGCUAAAUACAAUAGGUCUUUCGUUAAAACAAAUAACCGAAAUUCAACUAAAUACAAUGAGUAUUCAAAAAUUAGGAUUAAUAAAUAAUUCAAAUGACAGUCAAUCUAAUUUGUUAGGAUCCGCUGCGGCGAAUAAAGAUCUGGAUUUAAGAGUACCACCUGUAAUUCCCGUAUCUAGUAAUAAUUCUAUCCAGACUGACCUUCCAGGAAAAGACGUAGACAUGCGUGUUCAACAUUCAAUAUCAAUUCUGCAAACUGAAGAUAUUAACGAUAGAGUUGAAACCUCAAAAGAAUUGGGAAUAAGUAAAGAUACAAUUGAUAUCGAUCAAUAUACAAAAGAUGCCUUAAAAUUUGCUAGUAAAGAUAAGGAGAACAUUGAUAUUUCAAACGAACCGUUCGAAAACAAUAAAUCAGUAUCCAGCGAAUCAAAGGAUGUAGAUCACAGAGUGUUACCGUUUGUGGAAGAGACACCAAGGUUAAUUUUGUCAAAUGCAGACGGGGCGUCUUUAAAACGAGAGUGUGAUACAGACAUAAGAUUUCUUCAUCCGGAACCAUUAUUUAAAAAUCCCGAAAAAAGGCAUCGUCGUUCAACUACUGAUGAUGACGAUGACAAUAAUUUAUUAAUAGACGAAAAAUGGUACUCCAGCGACGAAGAAAAAGCUAGUAAAAAGAAAUCGCCAUUGAUGUCUCCACAAGCGUCUCAAUCUCCACAAAAUCCUGCACCACACGUUAUAGAACCAUCAGCUGUUCUAAAUAGAAUCGGAGAUUUAUCAAAAAUAGAUAUUAGCGAAGAAGUCACAAAAUUACUUAACACAAUGAAAAAUAAUUUACAGGAUACGAAAAAUGAAAAUUGUAUCAGUGGUAUUAGCUCGCCAAAGUCACGUGAUCCUCGUUCUAGGAAAUCUCCAGACAAAGCGCUGGAAAAUUUGAAAAAGUUGAGCAGUAAAAAACCAUCAAGAGUUUCAAUUUAUGAAUGUGUUGACGGGGAGCCGACGGAUGGACGUCGGCGCACGGAUGUUGAUUUACGUAACCCGGAUAUGAGUCUUCCUGCAUUUGGAGACACAGAUUUACGCCAGAGCUCCAGUGGUGACAUUGAUUUCCGUUUAGGAUUACCAUUUAAGCCAUUGCCAAAUUAUACACCUGCAUCAGAAAUAAAUGCAUCUAUAAAUUGUCAUCCUCCGAUUCCUUAUAAAUUAGUAACGGUUUAUAUACCUCGACCAGAUUACUCUGAUAUAAAAAAUAGUACGGCGAAAUCACAAGCACUUGUUGAUCCUAGGUUAAGAAAAGUUUUUAGGCUAUCGACAGAAGAGACUAAUAGUGAUUCCGAAAAAACGUCAACUAAAGCGUUAAGUGCGACAGGGCCUAGGAUUGAUCCCCGCCGGAAGCCCAAAGAAAGCAACGAGGAUCAAAAAGUUGUGACAUUGGACUUACAAACCAUUUUACAAAAUUCAAACUGGUACAAAGAGUUAAGUUCCACUCAGAAAAUAUUUGUCAAUCAACAUUUAGUACCCGUAACUCAGAUGAUCAAACAGUUCCACCAAGAAAAUGUUACAGGCAAAAAAAUUGAUCUCUCUUUUAUACAAAGCAAUUCGAUUUUAUGCAAUAUUUUUACUAAUUUAGGUAUUACUUUGGGUGAUAAUGGAGAGUAUUCAUAUCUACCAAAACCCAAAGAAGCUUUACUGAAGACUCCGUCUAAUAUUAAUCAGAAUACGAAUCCUUUCGGUUUAAAUUCUAAUAUGCAAUCGGGUCCGAUAGACGGUGGUAUGAAUAUAAUGAACAUUCCCCCAAUGGGAAUGGGUGGUAUUAACAAUAUGAAUAACAUGAAUAACAUGAAUAAUAUGAACAACAUGAAUAGCAUGAAUAACCUGAAUAAUAUGAAUUUAGGAAACAUGCAUGGGUUCACGGACCCCCGCGGCGGUCCUACUCCUGGACUACUCGGAAUAGCUCCAAAUAUACCUCAUAACUUCAAUGCCAGUAAUUAUGGUGGACCAAACAAUUACGGGAACAUGCCGUUUAACGGACCCGGCUCGGGUAAUGACUUUAACUUUGUCGACAGCGAACAAAAUUAUCCCAGAUUUCCGAACAGAGGGGGGCAUCGCGGUCGCGGAAACGAUCGGUGGAAUCGAGGGGGCCCAGGUAGAGGGAACCGAGACAGAAAGAAUUUCAACGAUCGUGGUAAUUGGAAAAAUGAUAGGAAUUAACUUAAAAUGUUUGAAAGUCAUGCGUUUAAGAUAUGUAAAUUAUUGUAGAUAUAAUAAUAUAGAUGAAUCCUUCCACAACUGGGCGUGAUCAAGGUGAUAAUUAAUUACGGAUUAUUACAUAGAUUUUAUAUUUUAUAAUCCAAUAAGUUUUACAGUUUUUUGUAUAGUAAUCCUGUCAAUUGUAAUUUAACGUUAGUUAGUUUAAAAUCACUAAAAUAGCGUAAGGCUUGAUAAAGUUAACAACGUACUCAUGAGGAGCCAAAUUUUUAAGACUGAGUGCAAGUUUGUAAAUGAGAUUUUAGUUUUCGUUACAAUGACUAUGAAUCUUGAAUAUUUAUAUCGAACAAGUAUGAGUUUAGAAACGGUAUUCAAAGACAAACUAGGUUUAAAGUUAAUUACGUUAAUUUUAAGGAAAUGUGUAAAAUUAUUCAAACUCAAAAGCAAUAAUUAGCAUAAUAUUUUAGCUAAAUCGUUAUAAGGCAUCCUUAGUCUAAUAUUGCCAGCGGCCUACUCGAGUUUAAAUAAAUUUAUUUUAUAUAU